AUGCAUGACAACUACGACACUCUAGUAGCAGAAACUGCUGAAGCCAAAUGGCUGGCUGCAUGGAAAGAUUGGAGGAAGCAGAGAAAGGUUAAGUGGAAAGGGAAGCGGAAGAUGGGGCAGGAUUUGGAUAUUGGUGUCAAGCUGGAUUCUGAUUCCCUUGAUCCCAUUGCUGACUCCGAUGACACAAAGCUGCCAAAUGUACCCAUUUGGUUCAAGUCAAAAACCGCAGACAAGAUCUUCAGGAUGAUGUCAACGGCCAAGAAGAAGAUGUGUAUCAACGCUCUACCAGUGUUUAUGGGCUGGAUUCUCAAGGGCAUCUUGGAUUGGACAGGGCUCCAUGGGACUGUGACCUUUGCCAGCCCAAUUCCCAAGUACAACGGCAAACUUUGGACAGUCAGCGCACUGUUUGCCUUUGACCCAGACGUGGAGAUCGCCAUAAAGGAGGGCCUGUCAGAUCAUGACAGCAACAAUUCAGACUCAGACUCUGACACUGACUCCAAUACAGACUCGGGUGAUGAAGCACCCGUGAAGAACAAGCGGAAGCAGCCUGAUUCCAUCCUAGCAGCAGAACCUGCUUCCACCAGCCAGAAGCUGUCUGUGAAGAAGCGAAAUUUGACCACUGCACCUGCUGCACCCGCAGACAUACCAGCAUCCAGUUCAGUGUCAAGUGCCCCAGUACCAUCACCUGGCAUGGCGAGAUCAAGGGUGUCUGCACUUGUGCCUCUAUCCCAACUUACACCUCCCACACCAUUGCCUGGCAUGGCGGGAUUGAGGGUGUCUGCACCUGUGCCUCCAUCCUGA